AUGGCAGAAGGAAUACAACCCAAUCCACCACCAGGGGAGGUUACAUCGAUAGAAGUGUCCAAUGAUGAUUCUCCUCCUUCCGUAGUAGAAGAGGGAACGAAUAACAAUGCUGUGUCAGAAGAACCCCCAAGCGCAGACAAUGAUGAUGAAGAACCACCAUCCUUGACGAAUGAACCACCAGAAGAGGAGUCGUCCACGAUGAUGAUGCCAGCUGUAAAACACGAAAGUAUAGAAGAAAACGAGCCGGGUCUUGCCGUGGAGCCAUCGCCUAUGGUAGCAGCGGAACCCAUCACCACCAACAACAACCUUCCAAUGGGCAGCCUUUUGGACGAUGACGAAAGCGACAAUGACAAUGACGAGCAAGAAAAUUCUGCUCCGACUGCGGAAGAUGACGAUAAUAAUGACGAUUUUGUCCACGUGGAUAAUAUGGAGGACAGCAACGAAGACAAUCUUCGAGACGAAGAAUCUAAAGUCUUGAAUGGUGCUGAAAUUCUCUUUUCCCGAUCCACCAAGGAACAAUACAACGGUUGGGACAAUCUGCGUUGGAUGGCCUAUUCCGGCACACGCAAGUUGGUCUUUUUUGAAACGGUCUAUCGCUACAAUGAAAAACCCAAAUCGUUCAUGAACUUUUUGGCAGGAGAAGAGUACAGCGCUCGUAAACUUGCGGUCUACGAAGAACCUUCUGUCAUUCUCCUUUUAAGGUCACCUGAAAACAUGGACGAACUCAAGAGUGCUCUCUGCGUGGAACAUGAUUCCCAAGUGGACACCACCAAUACCAGUUAUUGGAUUGUGGAAGCUGUCGUGGACACCAACACUUGCAAGCUACGACUGUCGUCCUUGACCACAGUCACUUCGAUUGUAAAAGUCCAAGAAAAUGAAUUCCGACGCAAAUCAUGUUUUGAAUUGAUUACUCCACUCUCCUCCAUUGUGUUAUCGGCCAUCCAACUUCGGCAUGGAGGAGCCGUCAAGACGAGUUUCAUUGAUUCGGGUGCCUUUUUGGAGACCUCUAGUGCGGAGCUUGUCCUCCAAAAAGUGGUUUGCAAUGCCCAUCGUCCAAAAGAAAUUGCACCACAAACAACCAGCGACUUGUCUUGGAAGCAUCAAAUUAUUCUCGGUACACUCCAUUCCUAUGUCAUUCUUGGUAACAAGGAUUUAUUGGAUCAAGGAAUAGCCAAGGCGAGAAAGGCUCAAGAACUAGAAGCACGUCGCAUGGGCGAAUCAUCCUCCAUGGCAGCAUCCAAAUAUCUGGAUCCAAGAAUUAUUGAUGCCUUUGAUGAAUCUGGCAAGACCCCACUGCAUUAUGCGUGUGCCAACCGGUUCACCAUGGGAGUCUUAUCCUUGGUAUCCGCGGGGGCCAAUUUGGAUUUGCGAAUGGAACCCUACCAUUUGACUCCUUGUCAUUUGUGCGCACAAAAGCUGGACGAUAAGAGUUUGAUGUGCAUCCUACAGCAAAAUCGACGACCCAAUGUGGUGGAUGAAUUCGGCCGAACACCCAUGUACCUUGCUAUUACUGAAGGACAUACAGUAGGAGGAAUGGCCGAUCCAAAAGCGCUGGAUCGAUGUCUUGCCGUACUGGAUGCUCAUGGAGGGGAUCUUGGUGAUUUGAGUACCUUCAUGCACCCCAUUUGUCAUCACGCGCGCAUGUGGAACCACGAGUCAUUGGCAGUGGUUUUGAGGCAUGUGCAUCAUCGGUAUCCUCUCUUCCCACCAAACGGUGAUGUUGACGAUCGAAAGAGAAUAGGAAUAUCGGCGUCGGCAAACUUUCAUUAUCCGAUCCAUUCAGCAUUGAUUAGCUUUCGCGAAAAUUUGAAGAUGUUUUGCGAGGAUAGGGAUCCACAAGAACUUCACUCUCUGUGUGUUGACGCGGAGGCUAGACUCUCCAAUACGCUACAAACUCUCUAUAGUUGUGGCUUUGAGCCAAAUGAACGGAUCGAAACUAUAUUGGACCAGUUUAACGGUUCCGAACAACUGUCUUCCUAUGUUGGGUUUGCUCCAAUUCAGAUUCUGUAUCGUGCUGGCUUGGAUGUGCUUGAGCACAAGGACAGAAUUCCAGAAACAUCACACAAGAGAAUUGUGGACACCAUUGGCAAGCUUGCCGAAUUCAUGGUUUCCAAAGGUACUCAAUUCGCGAUGGAUGUACCAUUGUCUAGCCGACCUAGGGCCACUGACAGCGAAGUCAUAGCUGACAAUGCAAAGUUGGUGGAACGAAGCGAUCAGUUAAAGAUUGAAUCAAACAAGCAACUUACAGAAACGUUAGGCGGAAUUGAUCGUCUGAAGGCGGCUCAAAAGAGUUGGGAAGUCCGAAAACCUGUCAGCACAGAAUCCAAGGCGUUCGUCUUUCACACCGAUAAUAAAAGUUUGAUUGACAACUCUCUCGCUCCCGGUGGAAGUGAUGAAAAAUCUUGCUUCGUUUGCUGGAAGCAAUUUGGAAAGCUGGUGAAUAGGAAACACCGAUGUCGGAUCACAAAGAGAUACAUUUGUGAUUUCUGUUCUUCGAAAAGGAUUCUUUCCAACGGCGAGGAGCAUCGUGUAAGCGAUGGUCAAUAUCUCUCCGCAAUGUUGGCCGGAACUAGUCCAGCUCCAAAACCAGCGCCUCCUAUGGCUGCCAAGCGUGCUGGGAGUGGGGGUGCCACAGAUGCAAAAACUAAUCAGGUCACUUCGCGUUUGGAUAAGCUAGAAGCAGCGGAGCAGGCAAACCGAGAUUCUCUAUUUGGUUCUUUCAUUGAUAAUGCGUCAAAGGCUGUUUUUGGGGAGGAGGAAGAAGCUGACAAAGCAGCUGCUCAAGCAGAGGGUCUGUCAGGUCUUUCCAAUCAAUUAGGCGAAACCAGGAAUAUGCUGCAUCAACGAGGGGAGAAACUGAAUACACUUGCCGAGAAGUCGGAUAAGUUGGCCAGUGCAAGUGAAGAUUUCGCUUCAAUGGCCAAGAAGCUGAAUCAACAGAGCCAGGGUGGUUUCUUUUGGUAG